CUUCCAGAAUGGCAGACGACGCAGGUCCUAGUUACACUGUGCCCAGUAAUGUAGCCUGGGAAGCUAUCGAUGAAAUUGCACGGGAAAUGAUGGUCAGAACUGAUCACAACUUCCUAGAGGCGUAUAACAGUGCAGCUACAUAUUACUACAACCAUUAUCACAGAGUGCCUCGAAAUACAUCCAUACUUACAGGACGUUUAUGGAUGUAUGAGUUGUUUAACGGUCACCAAGGCCGGUUUGAAGAUGCUGUCAGCAUGUCCAAACCAGUGUUCUUGAUGUUAUGCGACACUCUUCAUAGUUUCGGAUUGACACUGCCACAGCGGGAGCAUGGCGUUCCGCUAGAAGAGAAGGUUGCCAUUUUCAUUUGUGCAUUGCAGGGAAUGAAGAUGAAAGAUUUGCAAGAACGGUUCCAACACUCGAAGGAGACUUUGUCACGGAAUUUCCAUGAGGUUUUGAAUGUUAUGAUACCGUUCACAGCGGUUCAUAGUAGGAGUCUUACGCCUAAGCAAGUGCAACAGGGGGGCCACCCACAAUUACAAUCGCAACGGCGAUACCGGCCAUUCAAGGACUGCAUCGGUGCACUAGACGGCACGCACGUGAUGGCUCGUGUCUCGGAAGAGUACGCCACUUCGUAUUACGGCCGGAAAGGCGUCCCAACACAGAUCAUACUGGCCGUAUGUGACUUCGAUUUGUGCUUCACGUUUGUGUCAGCCGGUUGGGACGGGAGCAUGCACAACAGUAGGGUGCUGCACUACGUGACAACCGAACCUAAACAUCGCUUCCCGCACCCCGCACCUGGAAAAUACUACUUGGUGGAUAGCGGCUACAGCAACAAGACAGGGUACCUAGCCCCAUACAAGGGAUAUAGGUAUCACCAAAAUGCUCAUCGAAAUCGAAGACCACAAAAUGAGUUCGAACUAUUCAAUAAGGCACAUUCGUCAUUGCGUAGUUGUAUCGAGCGGACAUUCGGUGCGUGGAAGUCGAGGUGGGGGGGAUUGCGAAAUAUUCAGAAGUUGAGUUUCGCUAAUCAAGUGAUCUUUGUGUGUGCGUCGAUGGCGUUACAUAACUUCAUACGCCGAAACAGUGAAAUUGAUGAGGUCACAGUUCCUAUCGCAAAUAGCACCGAAUACGUGGCUCCCGAAAUGCCCGACCACGAUGAAUACGCACGGGUUGCAGAUGUGAUUGAGGAAGGGGACUCCGACCCCGCAAUGACAGUUGUACGAGCGAACAUUACAUACCAAUUAGCCCAGCAACUGAACACGAAUAAUUGAAACAUUAAUGUUGGUUAAAUUUGUAAUGUGUGUAACUCAGAUCCGUCGCAAGAUUAUUAUCAUGGUUUGUUAAUGUGUUUUGUAUUUCUAAAUUUGUAAUACUUCACAGCAGGAAGUUGAUAAAGUUUUGUAUCCAAUUUUAUGCUACAUAUGUCCAAAAAACACUAUUGAAAACGAAAUGAAAAGAAUAAAAUAAAAAAACUUGGUU